UGCUGCCAGUCUGCAUGCACUGAUGUGCGCGACGCUCGAGGAGUUUGCGCUCCGGUCAGGCUCGCGCACUGGGAUCCUAAACCGUCACCAGCACAUAAAAGCGCGGAUAACGGAGAUGAUUCGCCUCACACCGCAACACAACACGGAGCAAAGUGUGCGCAGAUGGCAGCGAUGAAGUGUCCUGUCAGUUACCACACAGCUUUGGAUGUGGCGCGCUCCAAGUAGCGGGAGUUUACUGUGACAGACAGCAGGUGGGAUUCCCACUUCGAGGAGAGCUCGCGCGCUUGACUUUUUUUGUUGGACAUGGGACCGGGUCUCGCCUGUUUUGGAUACGGUACCGGAGGAACCGCGGCUUCUUGAACGGAGAGCUGUCGACAGCUGGACACCGACGAGAUGCGCUCCGACCACGGCUUCAUCCUGCUGCUCCUCAACGGGACAGCGUGCUUGUUGGCUCUAGGACAAGAAGAAACCCACUCGUCAUCAUCUUCCUUCACCUCCUCCACGUCAAAGUCGUCCUCUCCAGCAGACUCCUCCAAAACUCUGGGGGUUCUGGGAUCUCAGGGUUCGAUUUCUCCUCUGAGCCGCUGGAUGAUGCACAGCCGUGGCCGUGCUGCCAACACUUCAACGAUGGAGCUGCCCUACCGCUCGCCGGUGCCCUUUUCCAAACAGGAAUUUUGGGAAAUGCUGGGUAGCGACCUUCUCAAGUCGGACACUGACGCAUUAGGGAACUCCCGAGUCAAGCGCCGUCCCCCGAUUGUCAAAACGGGCAAAUUUAAGAAGAUGUUCGGGUGGGGGGACUUCUACUCCAACAUCAAGACUGUGCGCCUUAACCUGCUCAUCACGGGUAAGAUUGUGGAUCACGGGAACGGCACUUUUAGUGUGUAUUUCCGUCACAAUUCCACCGGCCAGGGGAACAUCUCCGUCAGCCUGGUACCACCAGUGAAGGCUGUAGAGUUCGACUUGGAGCGCCAGAGUGUGGUUUACCCUAAAGACUCAAAGAUCUUCAACUGCCGCAUAGACUACGAAAAGGUUGACCGCAGCAAACGCACCUCGCUCUGCAACUAUGACCCCUCCAAGACCUGCUUCCAGGAGCAGACACAAAGCCACGUCUCCUGGAUCUGCUCCAAACCCUUUAAGGUCAUUUGUAUUUACAUUUCAUUCUACAGCACAGACUACAGACUGGUGCAGAAGGUCUGUCCAGACUAUAAUUACCAUAACGAGAUGCCCUACCUACCUUCAGGGUAGAGCUGCGGGGAGUAAUGGACUAGAAGGACAACGAGGGAAGUUAGGGGGGGAGAAGUCAACAAUUUGAGGGAUUGGUUCGAUUAUGGAUGUGAAGAUCAAUGAGAAAUGCUCAUUGGGAGAAGGGUUUCGAAGGAUGUAGUUGUCCUAAUCUAAAGACUUUUCAGAGACAUAUAACUGAGCUAUUAUGGGACACCCCCUCUUGACCCGAAUAUCACAGGUUGUUCCCUAAAACGUGAAUGUACAGUAUUUGAUGUGCUGCAGUUGAUGUCUUGAGGAACCUCUAAAGCAUCCUGGCAAAUGUGACCUGCUAAAACACAUAUAUGCAAAACCAAAUGGUCAGGCCCAGGUGCUCAGGGUGGGAGUGUCCGCUACAUCAGUUUGAGUCCCUAAUUGGCUGCGCUCAUUAGUGCACAGUGUCUUCUAAUCAAUAGAUAAGAAUAACAAAAUAAGAGUGCCUGAUUGGCUAUGCUCACCUCAGGUGUAAUUACACUAAUGCAUUUUUAUUUUAAAUAAAAGGAUUUAGAACAGUGCUUCUCAACCAUGUUCCUGGAGGCUCACCAACACUGCAUGUUUUGGAUGUCUUCAUGGUCUGUUACACCCAUUAAAGGUUGUUCAGUCUAAUGAGCUGAUGAUCUGAAUCAGGUGUGUUUAGUUAAAGAGACAUGGAAAAUGUGCAGAGCUGGUAAUCCUCCAGGAACGUGGUUGAGAAACACUGCUGUAGAAUCCUCGUCCAGACUGGUGUUUUAUUGCAUUUCAGAAAAACAAUAUCUGUCUACACUGUACAGUCUAAUACACAUGAAGCUUGACCAUUCACGCUCACUUGGCAUGCACAUAUUUUGCCAGUCUCCAUUCUUACAGGCUACUGUUCCUGUAAUAGUCAUAUGAGACGGGCUUAAUGAAUCAGGGAAUGAUACGCAGUAGUCCAAAACACCAGUCUGAGAGUGAGUGGAUAGAAAAUUUCGGGUUUUAGUCCAUCGGACACACCAGUGUUUUUAAACUAAUACGGGGUCUGCAGUGUUCUCUGUUUUCACAAAUCUCAAAAAUACAAGCCAAGAGUCAAACCAUAUCAAAACAUAUGCAUUUUACAACAAAAACGCAUUAGUGUAAACAGCACCUCAGUGUCCUGUGGGACAUUCUUGGAAUUAAAGCUGCUAUGCAGAGGUGGAAAUGUUGCUGGUUUGCUGUACACUCUUAGAAAUGAGGUUUGUAGCAACCUUUGAAUUGCAAAGGUUCUUUGUAGAAGAACCAAAAAUAUUGGUUCUAUAGGAACCAAUAGCUUUAUAAAGCAUUUUAACAACUGUAGCUUAUUGUUUUUUUGCCAAAAAGAAACACAUUAACUUGCAUAAAAGAACAAAAGAUAUUAAAACGCAACAUGCCUCAUUAGCUAUAUUUCCAUCCACUUAUUCUUAUGCACAUUUUGAAUAUGUGCACAAAAAAGCGGUUGAUGGAAACGCCAAAAUGCACAUCCAUUUUGAAAAUCCGCAUAAAAAAUGUAUGUGCAUAAUAGAGUGAGAUAAAAUUUUCAUUCGAUAAGAAAAGAUGCGCAUAGACUACGAUGGAAACUUUUUUACUGAACAAAUUCCAGUAUGUGCGUUAUUGUAAUAAUAAUAAUAUAAGAAAUAUAAAUUGUGAUUUUCUUAUAAGAGUUCAUGUGAUGAUAAAAAUGUGAGUGCAUGGAAAAACUAGCAGGCCAAGCACAUUGUAAAACUUCGGAAAUGUUGUUUUGGUCAUUCUAAGAUGCCUGAACUGUUUCAGUAUUAGUGCUAUUAUAUUAUUAUUGACCUCCAGAAUAGUCAGGAGCAUCUGUGCUCCCUGUCUCACUCCUUCAAACACCACCAUGCGUUCAUUGCUUUUCGGCAUUUGUCUUCUGAGGUGAAAGUAAUUUAUUAAAUUAAUGAAAGAUUCACGCAGUUUCUCCUACAGCAACAAAUUACGUUUUCACUUUUGAUAUUUGGCACAGUUAAUCAGGAAGUGACGAUUUUGUUCUUUUUGACUUAUUGGGUGGAAAAGCUGCAUAACUGUUAUAUGACAUUCCUGCUUUGUGCAUUUAUUUAAUUCACAUCUUUCAAUUUAGACAUAGCUAUUCAUGUAAUAAAACCGCCUCUGUACUGUAUAUUAAAAAAGUAGACUAAAACACCAAUGCUAAAGGUGCAGAAUUCCUAUUUCAGAUUUCACAGAAAGAUUAAAUCCUCCCUAAUAUCACGGAGAAAGACAAAAACCACUUUAAUUAAAAUACAACACAGAAAAAGAGAUGUUGAUUCUGCAUCGAGCCCGAUCUCUCUAUUGUUCUGACUGUAACAGAAGAGCAGAAAAGACGUUUUGUUUGGUCAGGAAUCCUGACUUUGUGCUGUGAUAACUGUUCUGCUGAUAGCAUGGUUGCUUCGUCCUUGCAUAAGCAUUCCCUCAGAGUCAGCCAGUUUACAGCUAAGAAGAAAAAAUAGAAAAACAUUAUUAUGUUAAUUUUGCAUAAUCACACUGCUAAAUGGGAAAGCUUACAGCACAUUCUGAGCCACCUGGCUGAGGUCUUUUCCGGAUGUAAGAUCAUGAGAACAACAUUCAAACUGACCUUCACUGAACAUAUCAUUUAAUGAUAGAUAUUGUUCAGGGGAAAUCAUUAGUAUAAAAUUCAAGUGGAUUUAAACAAAACACAACCUUUUAUGUAUCAAGCCAAAUCAAUUGUGAAUCUAAAAAAAAAAAAAAAAAGCAAGGGAACUG